CUGAGCCCUUCAACACAGCUGAGAGGCACAGCAACCAUGAGCACAACCAUAGAGAAAUCCUUGGAGAGCAGGCUCCAGCAGUUAAAAUGCCAUUUCACCUGGAACUUGAUAACGGGAGAUGAGUCCGUGGAUGAGUUUGAGGACAGGGUGUUUAACAAGGAUGAGUUUCAGAACAGUGAGUGUAAAGCCACGAUGUGCAACAUCCAGGCCUAUGUCAACCACCUCAGGGGCCAAAACGAGGCAGCACUGAAGUGUUUAGAGGAUGCUGAACAUUUCAUUCAGCAACAGCAUCCUAACCAAGUAGAAAUCAGAAGUCUGGUCACCUGGGGAAACUACGCUUGGGUUUACUAUCACAUGGGCCAGCUCUCAAAAGCACAGGCUUAUCUUGACAAGGUGAGAGGGGUCUGUGAGAAGUUAUCCAGUCCCUACAGGAUCGAGAGUCCUGAGCUUGACUGUGAGGAAGGGUGGGCCCGAUUAAAGUGCACCCAGAACCGAAAUGAGAGAGUGAAGGUGUGUUUUGAGAAGGCUCUGGAAAAGGACCUGAAGAACCCAGAAUUCACCUCUGGAUGGGCCAUUGCAUGCUACCGUCUGGACUACUGGCCAGCACGGCAGGACUCCAUUGACUCUCUGAAAGGAGCCCUUAGACUUUCUCCCAACAACCCUUAUCUUAAAGUCCUCUUGGCACUGAAGCUUGAGACCGUAGAUGAAGACCAAGCAUGGGCACUAGUGGAAGAAGCCAUAAGGAAAGCCCCAGAUGCAACAGAUGUGCUGCUCAGUGCAGCCAAGUUUUAUUACAAGAUACAUGACGCAGACAGAGCUAUACAGCUGCUUACAAAGGCUUUAGCACUGCCAAACAAUGCCUAUGCACAUUACCAUGUUGGGUGCUGCUACAGGUCAAAAGUGCUUGGAAUGGUUCAUAGAAGAGAGACUGCAUUCAAUGGGAAUCAAAUGAGGUUUCAGGAACUAAUACAACUGGCGAUUAACCACUUAAGGAAAGCAGAGGAGAUCAAGGAAUUUCUCGAACAUUCCUGUAGCUACCUUGCUGGACUUUAUGCCAUGGCAAACCAGUAUGAAGAAGCCGAUUAUUACUUCCAGAAAGAAUUCAAGAAUGUUCUCACACCAGGCCUUAAACAGUUGCUUCACCUACAGUACGGCAAUUUCCAGUUGUUUCAAAUGAAGUGUGAAGACAAGGCCAUCCAUCAUUUUAUGGAGGGUGUGAAAAUAAGGCCGGAGACGAAGCCUAAAGGAAAGAUGAUAAACAAACUUCAAAGAAUUGCCCUAAGGCGACUUUCUGAAAAUGAAUUUGAUUCUGAGGCCUUACACAUCUUGGUGUUUCUUCGGGAGUUGAAUGAAGAAGGCGAGCAAGCUGCUAAAGAAGCUGAGAGGGGACUGGAUGCUGAGAAGGCUGCUCCUUCAGCAUCUUUGCAUGAGGAUUGGGACAAGUAGGGGUGACACGGUGCCCGCAGUGCUACUGCUGGUAGGAAACUGAAACCCUUACCAAGUUGCCAUUCAAUGUAUUUAACAACUUCAUGGACAGGAACCCUUCUAUCAAAUGUUAGCACCUGAAUUGCUGGAUCAGAGAGAGCUUUGAGAGAGGAACCAGUUGGAGCCAUAGACACAAGAGCCUGGCACACAUCCUAGAUUGCUUUUUAUUUCUUAGAAAUAGUUCCCAUGGUGGCAAUUCUUUAAUCACCCUCUUUGGAUGCUUCUGUUGGGUCUGUUUCUGUAAUUAUUUAAAGCAGCCAAAUUCCUCAAAUGGGUGAGUUUUCCAUUCUUGAGUUAUUUUAGCGAUUGCACAGCCUUGUUCUACAUAGAUAACAGUGCCCAUUAAAAAACUCAGGAGCCAGGGGUAGUUGCUCAAAACCGUAAACUCAGCACUUGGAAGCUGAGACAGGAGGACUACCAUAAGUUAGACAUCAGUCUGAGCAUGAUCUGGAAUGGGUGGUGGAGGGUGGUGGAAUUAUCCAUGUAAAUAUUUAAUGAUUAUGUACAUUAUCUUGUUAGUUUGGAUUGUAUAUGCCUAUAUAGCCACUAUUAGCACAUAUUUCUAAAGCAUGGAAGGUAGUGAUUUUGUUUUACUGUAUAAUUUCAAAGCUUACAAAAUAAUGCUCAAUAUUAAUUUGGCUCAAAAUAGAAACUGAAUGGCGAGUUUCAGGUCUAAAAACAAACAAGAAACAACAAAGGCUGACAGACAAAAUCCUUCCUCCUAUUUACCAGUCAGUCCUUAACCUACAGUGUCCCAUAAACAUGAGUUCAAUUGCAACAUUAGCUCAGAUGGCAGCAUAAUUGGGAAACUGAGAACAGAAAAAGUAAGAAGGGCCGUAUCUGUGCAAACCAAUAGAGUCAGACGGUUACAUUGUCAGACUUGCGGGAGGCACAUGGGGAGACUUCUUCCCAACUCUGCUCUCCCUACGAGUGUGGAGCUGCAUGAAAAUAAGGGGGGUUCUGUCUACCAUAGUGACAAUUGAAAUAAAUAUUUAUCUCAAACUUAAGUGGAAACUUAAGAAGGAUACUGGGUGGGAGAAUAACUUGGUAACUGAGGCCUGGUGGUAGGAAAUGGCAUGAGUACUGGAGGGGGAAUUCUUUCCUCCAUUAGAAAUGUUGCAUACCAAGGAAUAUAAAAACUUCUUUGAACUCUGAAAAAUACUCAGGAACAUCAGGAAAUUGAUGACUGGUGUUUCCUCGAAAGAUCUACAAUGGCCGAAACAUUAAGGUUGAUGUGCUGCAGCAGAGAGGCGAUUGGCCCAACGUGAGGCUGACAACCGCCUCUGGGGUAGAAAUGAUUCUCUAUUGGCAUUAGUUUGCUUAUAAGUAUAUAUGAACAUUUUAUCAACAAUUAGAAUAUAUUAGAUUAAUAGGUUCUUAAAACUGGACAUUCUAACAGCUGUAACAAUGUUCCCUGUUAUUUUAAAUAUUAAAGGGUUUUGUAUGCACUUAAGUCCAUCAGUAGACAGCUUGAAUUUCUUUGUUAAUAAAUAACACAUGAUAGAACAUUGAGCAGUGUUCCGGCUGAAUAAAAACUUUACUGUACUCUCACUGUCUUAGACUUAAGUACUAGUAAUAA